UUGGCAGAUUGCAGCGGAUCUCUCAACAACCAGCCGAUCACCACAGGAAGGGAAGUCUGAGGUCUGCCCUCUGAGAUGGAUUCAUACGGCUCUUCACUGAACCGCAGCCAGUCGCUGGUGAGCGGCCUGGAGAAGAAUUCACCGACCUGGAAGCCGUCCCACUCUCGGAGCAGCAGCACUCUGUCAUCUCGCCACUCCAGACAGAUUAUCAAAGACUGGGAAGUGAUCGACGACCUUCAGGCAGAAAUGCAAACAGGAGGUGACGCUCAUGACAUGACCACCCCGGGUAUCUGUGAGGGAUAUCUUCUCAAGAGGAGGAAGUGGCCUCUUAAAGGGUGGCACAAGCGAUACUUUGUCUUGGAAACGGGGAUCCUGCGUUACUCCAAAAAUCAACAAGAUGUCUGCAGGGGAAGAGUCCAGGGCUCCCUCGAUGUCAGUCUCGCAGUGAUGUCCAUAAACAAGAAAACGAAUCGGAUCGACUUGGACGCAGGGGACAUUCUCUAUCACAUGAAGGCCAAGAGCCACGAACUCUUCUACAUUUGGGUAACAAAGCUACAAGCCCACCGCUUGUUCAAGAAGAACGAGGCGGCUCAUGUUCACAGCAGCUUCCUUCAGACUCUGUCCCACAGCACUGCAGCUGGACAAGCUCAGAGAAACGGAGAUUUGAGCUCUGCAGGUGUGGCGGAUUCGGCUGGAGCAUCAGGAGUACCGCCUUCAGCCAACACGGCUGUGAACAGCAAAGUGUCCGCUUGGCUGCAGCAAAGUCACGACCCGGACGCCUGUGUUCAAGAGCUACACCGAUGCCAUUUGGAACUUUCUGAGCUGAGCCGCCUAAUCCAGAGCCUGCAGACGUUGGAGACGAGCCAGUCUUUCACUAACGGGGACCUAAAGCGCAUCAUCAGCAUACAGAAUCUUUCGCUGGAGAAGCCGAAGAAGCAGAGGUCAGGGAAGAUGUGGGGUCACUCUCGCACUCUGUCCCGAGUGGAGGCUCUGGGGAUGUUGUCCUCCAGUCACCUGAGCAACUCGUCUCACCUUGGUACCUCAGUGCCCUCGAUCCCUGACUACGUCUACUCCCAGCUGUCCCCUCCUACUGUCACACUGUCGCCCGAGGGCAAGAAGAUCCAGCAGGACAUCUGCACCACGUCACUACGAGUGCUCGCUUCACUGAGGACAGUGCAUGAAACUCUGUCUCGGGAGAGACAGAAGCUGCAGGAGGUCUGGGAGACUAACAACAUCCACCAGUCGAACACAUUAGCUGAGCCUGCAGCCUCCCGUGGACCUCCCUCAGUAACAGAUUCGGCUGCCGAGUAUUUUGACGCCAGCGCUGACGUCCUUUGUGGCAGCUCCUCUGAGCUGUCCGAUGAAUCGGGCCUUAGUGAUGGAAGCACUACCAACUCUGAGCCAGAGGAAGGACACGUCUCAGCCACCCGGAAGUACCGUGCUAGCAUCUCCAAGACUCCUAACUCUGUUGUUCCAAAGAGCACCGGCCGGCGGACCACACUGCCUGCGACCUGCCCUGACAACAGCCAUGUGGGCCUCAUGGCUAUCCUCUACAACAACAUAGGUAAAGACUUGGCCCGGGUGUCCAUGCCUGCUGCUCUCAAUGAGCCCGUUAACCUGCUGCAGAGGCUGUGCGAAGAGCUGGAGUACAGUGAGCUGCUGGAUACUGCCAACAAUACAGCGGACCCCUACCAGAGGAUGAUUUACAUUGCUGCCUUCGCUAUCUCUGGUUACUCCACUGCGACGUUCAGGAACCGGUACAAGCCCUUCAACCCGGUGCUGGGGGAGACGUACGAGUGUGUCAGGGAGGACCGCGGCUUCCGCCUCAUCAGUGAGCAGGUCUGCCACCAUCCCCCCAUCUCUGCCUGCCAUGCAGAGUCAGACAACUUCUCCUUUUGGCAAGAUCAGCGAUGGAAAAAUAAGUUCUGGGGGAAGUCACUCGAGAUCCUGCCGACAGGAAUGGUGAAUGUUACUCUGUCAAGGUAUGGAGACCACUACGAGUGGAACAAAGUAGUGACCUGCAUCCAUAACGUCCUCAGUCAGCAGCGCUAUCUGGAGCAUUACGGAGAGGUCACCAUCCGCAACCUCAACAGUGACGUCUGCACCUGCAAGAUCACCUUCGUUAAGUCUCGUUACUGGGGCUCAGAUACAAACAAGAACGAGGUGCAGGGGACGGUGCUGGACCAAAGCGGGAGCGUCAUACACCGGUUUGGAGGUCUGUGGCACGAAGGCAUCUUCUGUGACACUCUGCCCACUCCGAAAUGUGUCUGGAAGCCAAAUCCGCAGCCAGAGGAUUAUCUGCUGUACUAUGGCUUCUCCACCUUUGCCAUGGAGGUGAAUGAACUCCCCCCAGAGCUGAAGCCUCUCCUGCCUCCUACGGACAGCCGCCUGCGCCCAGACCAAAGGAUGCUGGAGGACGGACAGGUGGAUGAAGCAGACAGAAAGAAAGACAUUAUCGAGGAAAUUCAGAGGGAGCGGAGAAAAGAGCUGAGCAAGAGGGGUGAAGAACACGUUCCACGUUUUUUCAAGAAAGCCAAAGAUCACUGUGGACGGGACGUGUGGUUGACCAACGACACUUACUGGAAGCUGAGAGAGAAUCCAGGUUUCGCUAACACUGAAAACAUUACUCUGUGGUGACGAGACAAAAACACACCGGCAGAGAGAGAGAGAUAAAUAUCAGGUGGUGGAUAUGUGGACAGCAUACAUGAACCGCUCUGAGUAACGUGCAGGGUGGAGAUAGUGCUGCUGAUCUUUCUGUGCACCCGUGACUGGCUCAUGGGAACCCGACCACUGCGCCCAGUACAGGUCUCCUCAGGAUCUAUUUUGUAAUACAUUUAUUUAUUCAUUUAUUUUUAGAUUACUUCAACAAACGUGUAUCUGUUCAUAUUUUUUGAGUUUUCUGCCGAAAAGACUGAACGUGUGACGCACGCUCGGCAGACUGUGAAAUGACUUCAGAAUGAAAAACUCUUUUACAGUUGUCCAAACUGCAGCAUGUUAGUGUUUAUUAAACGUAAAAGGUUUAAUCAGAUCGUGUCCUUUCAGCUCGUUUACUGUGUUUCAUAAUGAGUACGAUUGUUUGAGCGUGUCAGGGCUGCAGCAACACGAGGAGGCCCGUAGGUUUGUGCUCAUUUGUUUGGGAAUAUGCACCACCAGAGCAAAACACAGUGACGAUGAACGGGUGAAUAUCAGACUUGUGUUCAUCAGGUAGCCAGAAACAGGACUUAAAAGAGAAGAUAAUUAGAGCUGCAACAAUUAGUUGGUCGACAGUGAAUUGAAUCUGGAGUAGGCAGAUUUUUUUAUCGUCAUUAGUCCUUCCAGAUAUUUUAAUUCAAGCGAGAGAAAACAAACAAAAUCGAAUCUACCUCCGACUCCAGGUGAUUUCAGAGAGGUAGCGCUCUCAUUGGCUGUAUGUUGGUUUGGUGGGAGCGGCUUAAAGGAGGCGGACAGUUUUGCAUUGAUUUGCACAGAUACUGCAGCUUUAAUCUGCAGCUAUAAUUUCUAAUCGAUAAGUGAUUAGUCGUUCUUUAAGCAAAUACUUUCGGGUUUCAGUUUCUCAAACGAUUCUUGAAGACAAUUUCUAGACAAUUAAACAAUUAAUUGAGGCUAACAGACGUGUAAAGAUGAAAGACGUUGGCCACUUCAGCUUUAAAGAUGAUUGUUGUUGUUUUAAUAUUAUUACUGUGUCCAACUGUGCGUGGUGCAUACGCCCUGAAUAAAUAACCAACUUGGUAUCUGUUGCUUUUAUAUUACCGAGCAUGGUGUGAACUUAAAAGAGGAUGUUUCAUUGAUAAAGUUUAAGACAGUAUCUGUCUGAAUACUUUGGUCAUGGCUGACAAAGAUCAUGUGAUGGUACAAAAACAACAUUUUAAUGUUUUUUAUUUGUUAUUUAAAAAAAGAGAAUCACCAACCUUCAGUAUAUUUACAUAUUUAAACGAGGAGAGGAGAUGUUUUUCUGUAUUUUUAUGUCAUAAUUAGUGAAAAGAAUAUCCAGCUGGUUGGAAACGUGUACAUACUGUAUUUA